GUACUAGUAUCUUUUCGACCAUGGCAAUAGUGUUAUCUUCUUGGACUUGGAGGAGGAGGAGGAGAUCCAUCUACCCUCUGUUAGCAACUCUUGUGUUGCUACAGGUGUUGCCAGAAUGUGCCGCUUGGUCGCUGUUUCCCAGGAUCUCCCUUCCGAAACGUCUCUCUGUUCGAGGAUUUGACCGCACGUACUAUGGUCUAUCCCAAAACAACACCAUUCCCGAUCCCCUCGAAGUGGCUGCGAUUGUGGGUGUUCGACCUUGCAUGAUGGCCCCCAAGUUGGUAUGGAAAUUAGCAUGGAGAGGUCAUGGAGCACUCUUGCCGUUGCUUCAUGUGGGGGAUGGCGCCAAACCUCGUGAUAGCAAACAAUCCCUUAAGGUACUCUGGUGCAAGGCCAUUGCCAGUAUGGACAAGACUUCCAAAGUGUUUGAUGAUAAAUGGACCUACGAUACAUUACCAAGGGGCAGUCGAUGGUUGCUGCGAAUUCUACCCACAAGAUGGUUUCCGCGGUUGCAUCAUGCCAACAUUGAAGCCAGGACGGCUUAUCUGGACCAAAUUGUACAAGGUGAAAUCAUGGAUCGAGUGCGACAACCCGACAAUGCGAUCCAAAACAUUCGACUGAUAUCCGUGGGUGCUGGCUACGAUGUUCGGUGCAGUCGGCUGCUGUCCCAAUAUUACGCAGACCACGACACUAUUCAAAUGACAGCCUAUGAAUGUGAUCUGGAUCACGUCGUCCAGUCCAAACAAAAGAUUCUCGACCGCAUCCAACGUCGUCGACCACAGUCUCGCCAUCCCACACUGAUAUCCAUGGACCUUAAUGAUCUGAAUGGGACCGUGACACAAACUCUGCAAGAAAUUAUCCUGCAAGAUGGUGGCAAUAACAACAACAACAAUAAACAAUCCACGCACACCAUUUUCAUUUCCGAAGGUGUCAUGAUUUACUUGAACCAGGGUGUUCCCAGUGGUUUGCUGCAACUGUGCUCCGAAACAGCCAUACAAGCGGGAAGCACGGCCUCAUUUUGUUUUGCGGAUCGAUUGGAGAAUGUACCAGGGGGUGACCGAGAGGCAGCUAUUCUGGAACUGUCUCGCAAUGGCUGGGAACUGAUAGACUUUUGUCCCAAGCCAGGAUUGGCCCGUCAUAUGGGCCUCGCAAGGUUAUUAUAGUGUCGGAAAGGGAUCGGUGACGAAAACGCUAAUGCUACUAUAUUCAACAGCCAUGUCGGAAAGGCAAUUUUGAUUAUGCAUAUGUAUGUUUUGCCUACUAGCUAAUAUUUAUUAAUCGACCGCAUCAUAAUCGCCAUCGUCACCAUCCAACCUCGUAAUUUGCACCGAUGUCGUAUUGGGCCGCUGGAGUGAUUCUGACACCAUCAUGUCACUACUCCCGUCGGGCGUCCCUUGUUCGUCUCGUCUCAAGAAUUGGACGCAUUCAUUGAUACGUUCCGAAACGUUUUCCUCUUCUUCCACCAUAUCGGCCCAUUUCAAAAUGACAUAGGUUCGUGCCAAUCGGAUGGUUUCCCGUGAUUUUCGCCCCGACGCGCACAACAACAGCAACGUUUCGACCAGAAACAAUCGUGUCGUGGCAUCGGGUUCUCGUACCUUGUCCGGUCCUUCCAACCACAGGUCGGGAUCCAAUCCCUUCUUUUCGUCCAAAUCCAAUUCUUCCGGGCCGGCUAGUGGAUACAACACGGGCGUCAUAAUCUUGACUUCGUUC